AUCAGAUAACAAUGGCUUUUAAAUUUAUGACAGAACUGAAGUAGUAGACAAACUGUCCGUUAAAAAUCAGUCCAUGCGUAGUAAUUACGUGGAGUGAACAUUGUUCCGGUCAGUACAAAGCAUGGCUAACGAGAAGGAGGAGGUUGUGGAAAUAGGGCUGUUGGGAGACAAGAAAAUCAACAAUGAUGUGUCAUCAAAGCGAGAAGUUUUCAGUCGGAAGAUUGAAUAUAUGUUAGCUUUGAUUGGAUAUACGAUCGGGCUAGGAAAUGUCUGGAGGUUCCCGUAUCUAUGUAUGAGGAACGGGGGAGGUGCGUUCCUGGUCCCGUUUGUAAUUUGCAUGGUGAUAUGUGGACUUCCUUUGUAUUACCUUGAGCUUUCGCUAGCACAAUUUGCCGGAAAAAGCACACUCGUUGUGUGGGAAAUAUGUCCCCUCCUUAGAGGUCUUGGAUUUUGCAUGUGCUGUAUUUCAUUCAUAUGCACGUGGUACUCCGGUCUCAUAAUGGCCUGGACUCUUUGUUAUCUUUUCUACUCCUUCUUCCCCACACUACCAUGGUCAACGUGCGAUAAUUCCUGGAAUACGGACAUGUGCGUCACAUUGAGGACAAAGAUCACCGAGAUACCCCACAAUGUGUCAACCCUUGACAACAUAACAUAUUCAGAAAACAACUUAUCUAUGACCGCGUCGGAAACGGUCACAACCAUGGGCUUCUACCCAACGGCAGCAAAUGAGUUCUGGAGAUACCAGAUCCUGAAUGCGUCUAGCGGCCUUGAAGACUGGGGUAUGCCACAAUGGCAUAUCGUCCUGGCACUUUUUCUCAGCUUUGCCGUUACGUUCCUUUGUAUCAUAAAGGGUGUUAAGUCUGUUGGAAAGGUUGUGUACGUAACCGCCUUCAUGCCAUACUUACUGCUAGCAGUAAUUCUCAUCAGGAGCCUCACUCUGGAGGGUUCCUUCGAUGGCAUCAUUUAUUUCAUCAAACCCGACUUCCAAAAACUGUCUGAAUUCCAGGUAUGGUUUGAGGCGGCGGUUCAGGCAUUUUUCUCACUCGGUCCGGCAUGGGGAGGUGUUCUCACCAUGGCUAGCUUCAGUGACUUUAAAAAUAAGACGUUUCACGAUUCACUGGUGAUCGUCGUAGUAGAUAUAUUGACGGCUUUCUUCUGCGGAUUUGUAGUUUUCUCUAUUGUUGGUUUCCUGGCCCGGGAAGCAAAUCUGACCAUCAAUGAAGUGGCCGAGUCAGGUCCUGGUCUGGUAUUUCUGGCCUACCCAGAAGCCUUAGCGAGACUUCCGUUACCACAGCUGUGGUCCGUACUCUUCUUUAUUAUGGUGUUUUAUGUUGGAUUGGACACAGAGUUUGCUCAAGUGGAAACACUAACAAGUGGACUAAAAGACAUGUUUCCAAAGACUCUUGGAGAACGGAAAUACCAUGUACUUCUGGCAGUGUUUACUGUGUAUUUCAUCACUAGUUUGAUUCUCGCCACACAGGCGGGAGUCUACAUAUUUCAGUUGAUUGACUGGUAUGCGUCCGUAUUUUCUAUCUUCUUCAUUUCCCUCCUGGAGUGUAUCAUAAUAGGAUGGAUAUACGGUGCUGAGAGAUUCAGUCGUGAUGUGGAGAUAAUGACAGGCUCGGCAGUUCCCGUGAUUGUCCGGAUAUCCUGGUGUUUGAUCACUCCCGUCAUCAUGUUUGUCCUGAUCAUCGUGGCGUUAAUGAAGUACGAGGAACCGACGUACAAAGGAUAUGUAUAUCCAUCUUAUACAAGUGUACUGGGAACCUUCAUCUGUCUGGCAUCCGUAGUUCCGCUUCCCGUGGUCAUGUGCCUCGACAUCAUCAGAACGCCUGGCUCCUUCACGCAGAGAAUGAAGCGGUUGAUUCAUCCACCUGCAGCAUGGGGACCAAAAGAUGAAAAGACGAGACAAACCUACAAAAUGUAUAAAUAUAGUUAUAGCAUUUAUCGGAAUAUCAAGGCAAAUCUUCUUGGAACGAAGUGACGUUAUUUUCAAUGGAUAUUUUUGAUAUAAUUUAAUCUUGCUUGUAUCAAGCAUUUUCAUUGCUUAAGAUAUUUUUAUAAAAAACUAAUCACCCCAUAACGUAAAACUAACGUCGCCGUUUGUAACGUCGUUUUUGAUUGGCUGAUACAGCGGCUUAAUAAUUUCUAAGAAAGAGAGUCCAUCAAUACAAAUAGAUCUCUGCAGGGAUUGUGUAUAGUUUUUAAAUUUAAAGGAUUAACUUGAAAAUGUUUGGGUUUUUCUUCUUCUUUUAUUAGUUGAAGCGUUAUUACAUAACAAAGAGCUUUAUCUAGUGUACAAUUCGAUUUUGGGUUAUAUAUUAAGGCAUAAAAUAUAUUCAACUUCAUCCUUAACCAUUUAGCAAUGUCUUUUCUCAAAUAAAACAUGUUCUUAUUAAAUACAUUUUACUUAUAAAAGCUUUCAAAGGCUAUAUCAGGAUUGUACAAAAAUUUCAUCAUGAACACAAGCAAAUGGAUAUUGAUAAAUCCACAUUCAAAGUUCUUACUUCAUUUGUGAUAUCGUAUGUAUGUGGUUGUGUGGCAUUGCUGGAGU